UGUGACAUUAUCUAGAGAUCAAUGCGUUCAUAGGCUACAUUGUCGGCUUAUCAGGAUGACAGGUUAUUUGCCUUACUUGUAGCAAAAAAAAAAACUUCGAAUCUUCUAUAUUACCUAUAUAGUUUCCUAUAUGUAUAGUACGUAUUGUCUUCAAUAUUCUAUUUAUAGUUAAAUCUUUCGCCUAUUUUUAAAACUAGUCAUUAGCGGUUACGUUUUGAAAACGUAAUGUGAAAACAGUAUGGCUUGAAUGUCAUUGUUAAAUCGAGGAACUAUUACGUCAGUCAAACAAAACUUUUACUAAAGCAAGCCGGACGUAUAAGAAAAAAAUAUACUUUCACUCCUUGCAGCCUUUAAAUUUGAAACAGACUUUAACACCGAAACUGAGACAUAAGAUUAUGAACUCUAUGCUGCUAAAUUUAAGAACGGUAUUAUCAUAUGGGUGGACUUAAGUUAAGGUGUAACAUUUAAAUACUAGCAUAGCAGGUUGUAAGACAAUGAGGAGGUCAGAGGCUCUGGAAGUUACCUUUUGAUGCUGAUUGUCGGUAUUUUAUGGGUGACUUAGCUUGUUAUAAAGAAAUAAAAUGUGGUUUUUUAUGAAAUAAAUAAUUUAACAAGUCUAUGUAACUACCGUAAUAGACUUGUAUGAUCUUCAUGAAUGUCUCUUUAUGACUUUUUUAUUUACUGAAUACAAGAAUAUAAAUAUUUGUACAAUGCACCUAAAGGUCUGUUUCAUAACAUUGCUAUUUCUAAUAUUAUAUGACUUAAUAAUACCAAUUUUCAUGCAAAUAAAGAAACAAUGGCUUUCGUUGCCUUUAAAUUUGCUUCUAUUUCCACGUUCCUAAAAAAAUUACGUCAAUUACAUAAUGUGAUGUAACAUGCAAAACAUAUGGUAGAUCGCUCUCACAGAUACGUUCCAAAUUGUACUCAAAUUUUCACCCUAUUGUUGCUCGGACGUGGGAAGACCCCGUGACGAGGCCCAACAAUGGCAAAGUUCAUCGAGACAUAACAAGGAAAGUCUAUAAGAAUACUGGGUUUUGUUACAAUUUCGUUAUACGUAACAUUCGACCCAUUCUUGUCGGUGGUGUUUGCAAAAAUCCGUGCAAAUUUUGAAAUGUUUUGAAAAAUGUCUUCGUCGCUGUCUUUUACAUUUGUUUUAUUAGUUCUUAAUUUAGUUGAAGUUAUUCCUAUUCAGUUGCAAGAAGGUGAAGAGUUGAAAGAAAAUAAUGUUGAAAAUGCGGAAUUAAAUGACUGUGUCAGUGUUCAACGGAGUACGGAAGUUGGAGUUUGCUUUGGCAAAGAGGUGCUCAAAAACUUAGACAAAUAUGAUGAAGCGGAAUCGUUUAGUUUGGCCAAUGGGAUAUCGUUCGUCAGAGAUGACAAAACACCAAGGCACUUUGGGAGCUUUCUUGACAAAGAUCCAAUGGAUUUCCGUUCAAUGAUGGAAGAUGCAAGCAACUUAAUUUCAAAGAGGUCUCUGCACUGGGACCUUAGUGGUCUGUAUCCUGGUCUCGUAAUGCGAAUCGGUCCCACGUUAGCUAAUGGAAUACUAGAGUUUGUGAUGGACCCAAGGGUGAAGGAUCGGUCGUAUCACCAUCAGCAGCAUGGUGAAAUGUCUACAGGACGACUACUGGCUAGAAAUUUGCUUGUACCAUUUCUACUCGGCUUCAAGUUCCAAUUAUCGACCCUACUACCAUUAUUACUUGGUCUACUUUUGAUUGCCAGCAAAAAAGCGUUCUUUUUGGCCAAAAUAGCACUGUUAGCAGUUACAGUGUUCAGCGGAGGAUCAGGUUGGGGCCAUGGUUCUGGAUAUGGAGAUUUUUCAAGUUCACCUUUAUCGUCAUAUACUUCUUAUGACAGUCCUGGAUAUUUUCAUGGACACCAUGGAUCAGGGGGUUCCGGAGGAGGAUACUACCAUAGACAUCCUCACCAUUCGGAAUACUAUUUCAAGUCUGCAGAACAGUCAACCGCUUCUCCUAUAACGCCCGAUGAACUGAAAGACAGACUAGAAAGACUAUUUAUCACAAAGAAAGAUGAAGACCCCAAUAGAGAAACAACCAAGGUUAGAAACGCAAGAAAUUUCGCUUGGACACCGAUCAACAUGGGAUAGCGACAUAAACUUGAUAAGUUUUCAUUAGAUAUGGUUUAAGUGUGUGUUGUAACAAAAAUGUUACAUGAUUAUUGUUGUAUUUCACAAUUUCAUGCAUACUAUGUAUUUUACCUGCCCUAUUUAUAUAAAGGAUUUUUUCCAAGUUGUAUAACUUGUAUUUUGUAAUUACUUAUACUUAUUAUUCAGAGAGUUAACUGUAGCUACAUACAUUGUAUAUCUAUAUCAGUGUGCUUAUUCGGCAUUAUAUUUAAUUAUUAUUAUUUAUUUAAACAUGUGUAUUGAUAACGUUAUUAACUUAACUUUUUUAUUGCAUUUGUAAUAGGUAUGUAAUUGUUUUGUACUUUUUCAUUUCCAUUAUUAAUUUUCUUUUUUUUUCAUAUUAGCUAUUUCAAAUUUCCUUGCUUAACAAUUUCUCAACUCUCACUAACUAAUUUAUGCAAUGUUCUACUUAUAACUAAUUACUCUUCUAGUCAUUUAUCACGUAUAUUUCUCGCAUCUCUAUUUUCCCCACUAUCAUUCAUUGUCACAAUUACAUUGUUAUAAUUAUCAUGUUCCUCAUUGUCAUUGUUUUACUUUUUAUCAUCCCCUGAUUUACAUACGUGAUUAAUAAAAAUUCCAAUGCUAUCUAUCGAUGAUUCAAUUUCUCAUAACGCGUUCACAUGUCCCGGUUAGAGCAUCCUGUAUUGUGCGGCGAUUACACGCUCUAAAUAGUUGGAAAUGCGCUUGAGUCGUUAUGAGGAUGUGUUUCCGAUGAAAUGGGGUGAAAGCGAAUUUCUUUAAGUGACGUUUAGCAUUUUUCACUCCGGCACUAAAGGUUCUAGUUAUAGGGUUUAAACUGUCGUGAGUCGUACUAAAGUUAACCUGAUUUGAACGUUUAAGUUACGUAUUUUUAUUCACUAUCACGACAUAUUUCGGAGAACCCAGCCUCCAUUUUCGAGUACAUUUACGUUGCAGUGAAAAUUGUUUAAUGUUCUUUAUUGCUGUUAAGUGUGUGUGUUUUUUCUAAAGGGUUGCAUUUUAAGUAAGUAAUUUGUGAGUUGUUUAGUAAUUAAGU